AUGGAAGAUGUGCCCCCCGUCACGGACGAUUUACCUGCCAAGAAAAACCUGACUCCCAAGGACGACUUGGCCCAUCAGGAUGAAGUAGUCUCUGUGAAAGACUCGGACGCCAAGGAAGAUUUGGAUUCCAUGAAUGACAUGGCUCCAAAUGGUGACAUUACCCGCAAAGAUGAACCGGCGCUCAACGAAGACUUAGAAUCCAAAGUUACUGCGACGUGA